CCCCGUGCCUCCAUCAUGUCUCGGACCCCCUCUGGCAGCCCUGCGGAUCAUGAGCCCUUUUUCCUGGAAUACCGAUGCCACCCGGUGCAGCAGGAGCCCCCCAGCCCCACCUCCCCCCUCAGGAAGCACAACUCCACCACGGCGCCCAAUGCCACCUCACUCUCGGCCAUGGGCUCCCCCACCUCGGCUGAGCCGCGCCGCAUCGUCCUCAGCACGGACAGCCCGGCCGCGCUGAAGGUGGGAACCCAGCAGCUGAUCCCCAAAAGCUUGGCCGUCUCCACCAAGACCAAGAACAACCCCUCCCGGCACCAGAGUGUUGGGGCAACCGGGUCCAACCGGGACCCCCCGGGCACUGACCCCAAGAGGACGUCCGUCCCCAGCAUCUCCCUGGAGGAGGAGGUGGAGGAGGAUGGAGGGGGGCUCCUCAAGCGCAACCUGAGGAACAUGUCCUACCGAGCGGCCAUGAAGAGCCUGAGCACGGAGCCGGAGUUGGCCAACACCACCUCGUUGCUGAAACCUGGGUCAGAGGAGAGCAGUGCCCGGCGUGACCGCAGCCCCGGCAGGAACAAGAGAACCUUCGGGAGGAAGCGGGUGCAGAAGCGCGGCGGCUCGUUCAAGGACCAGCCCCGGCUCUAUCAGGAAAUCCGUGAGAGAGGGCUGAACUCCGUCAGCCAUGAGUCAGAUGAGGAUGUGCUGGAGGAAUCCAUCCCAGAGGAACCGUCCCCGUCGGGCACUGCUAUCGUGGUGCAGAGCUAUCGCCCAGCACAGGUCACCUGGAGCCAGCUCCCGGAGGUGGUGGACUCAGGCAUCCUGCAGAAGAUCUCCCCCGAGGAACGCAAGCGGCAGGAGGCCAUGUUUGAGAUCAUCACUUCUGAGUACUCCUACAUGCACAGCCUGAGCAUCCUGGUGGGCCACUUCAUGAAGUCGGAGGAGCUGAAGGGGACCAUGACUCAGAUGGAGCACCACCACCUCUUCUCCAACAUCAACGACGUCCUGAUGGUCAGCACCAGCUUCUUCGAAGACUUAGAGAAGCGGCACCAGGAGAACCCCCUCAUCCCUGACAUCAGUGACAUCGUGGAGGAACACGCCUCCAACCGCUUCAGCCCCUACAUCAGCUACUGCUCCAACGAAGUCUACCAGCAGAGGACUCUCCAGACGCUGCUAACCGCAAACCCCUUAUUUAAAGAGACCUUGAAACAAAUUGAAAGGAAACCAGAGUGUGGAGGCCUGCCAAUGUCAUCAUUUCUCAUUCUCCCUAUGCAGAGGGUAACUCGGCUUCCCCUGCUGUUAGAUACUGUCUGUCAAAAAACAAAAGCAUGCACUGCAGCGUACGGAGCUGCCACCAGAGCUCUGAAAGCCAUCAGCAAGUUGGUUAAGAGCUGCAACGAGGGAGCUCGCAGCAUGGAGAGGACGGAGCAGAUGUACACCCUGCAGAAACAGCUGGAAUUUGGAAAGAAGAAGCCUUUCCCACUGAUUUCUGCGUCCCGCUGGCUGCUGAAGCGGGGGGAGCUCUACCUCCUCCUCUCAGAAGAAGCCGGCAUCUUCCGCCGAGGCGCCGGCCGGCUCUGCUACCUCUUCUUGUUCAACGACGUCCUCAUCAUCACCAAGAAGAAGAGCGAGGAGAGCUACACUGUCAUGAACUACGCCACGCUGGACCAGGUGACGGUGGAGAAGAUGGAGAACGCCGACCCGCCUUCCCCCCCUCCCAGCAAGACGGGGAGCAGUGCCCCGUCCCGUGGGUACCUGCUGCGGGUGGUGAUGGAGAGGGACAGCGAGGGCCGGCGGGAGGAGGUCGUGCUGUCGGCCGAGACGCUGAGUGACCGUGCCCGGUGGAUCGCGGCGCUGAUGCACCGAGAAAAGGAGAAGCCUGACACCACUCCUAAAGGAGAGCUGAGCCAAGUGGAGAUCACCCGUGCCUACAUGGCCAAAGAGGCGGAUGAGAUCUCCCUGCAGCAGGCUGACGUGGUCCUGGUGCUGGGCGGCGAGGAUGGCUGGUGCUGGGGCGAGCGGCUGCGGGACGGGGAGCGGGGCUGGUUCCCCGGUUCCUGUGCCCGGGAGAUCACCAGCCGCACUGCCGUGGAGUGCAACGUGCGCCGCAUGGAGCGGCUGCGGAUAGAGACCGACGUCUAGGUGGGCAGUCGAGGCAAGGUACCUCUGGCCUGACUUAUUUCUGGGGGUCCUCAAACCCCCUCCCCAACCCCAGACUGAGCCCACAAGGAAGAAGGGAGCGAGAGAUCCUUCCUCCUUGAAUUUUGUUUGCCUUGAGCAGUCCUGGGCAGCAGAUCUUAUCCUUCAGGAUGGGAUUUUGGAGUGGUGGUGACGGCAGCUAAUUAAUAUGAGUCCUGGCACCCGAGCGCUCCCAGCCAACACUAAUGACCUGGGAGAGGCUUCAGGAAGCGGCCACGGUGUUGGCUCGGGUUGAAAAGGCUGCGCCGUGUCCUGGGCUCUGUGAAGGGCCUCGUGCUGCAGCAUCUCUCCCUGCCAACCUCUCAGAGGCUGCACUUGUGUGGGAAGAGCCAGGGCAUGGACAGACCAUACCUCAAUCAGGAAUUUUUAAGAACUUCAAUCUGCACGCUACGCUUGACCCUCCUUUUCCCUCCUGUUUU